CAGAAAUUCACAAAUUCGCCAUCCCGAAUGCGGUUAUCAUUUCGCCAAAAAAUAUAAGAGAUAUAUCGAUUGGGAAGUAUUUUGUCGAAGUGCUUCCCCGUCAUGGGGCGCAAAUUAAUAGUCUGGUUGGUGGCGCUGUGGGCCAGCUGUUCUGCGUCACCACGUUAUCCCGACGAGAGUCCUUUUGCCCGGAGUGCUGUCGAGACAGUUCCUGACCAUGAUCCAAUUGCACCUCCAAUACGAUCUUCGGUGGAGAGUAUACCACUAAGAUCCGCCUAUGAAGAAGGUGGAGGGAGGCUUCCUUUGAGGGAUGCCGUGGAAAAGAGACCAAUUCCUGUUUUAGAUCGCGAAUCUAUUUAUAAAUAUUUAAAGGAUGCUGAAACAGCGGAUGUGGAAAGUAUAGAAGAAUUAAAAAAAUACUACGGUGCGGCGACUCAUUUUAACAAUGACUCGAGGAUUGAUCAAAGACCGCAGCAAGGAAAUGCGAAUCUCCAAGCCCUGGUGAACGACCCAAACUCGCGACGAUUGGUGGUAUGCUAUGUCGAGUCUUGGGCGGCAUAUCGUGCACCACCACUGGCGUUUACCGCUGGCCUGGUUCCGAAGUCAUGUACACAUCUACACUACGCUUUCGCCGUACUGGAUCCUCACAGCUACGCAGUCAUACCAGCCAAUGAAGACUAUGAUAUAAUCAAAGGUGGCUACCGCAUCGCUACGGGCCUCAAACGGCGUAUCCAAGGCCUCCGUGUGAUAUUAAGUGUAGGCGGCGAGGGCACGGAACGUUUAUUCAGCGAAAUGGUGCAAGAGCCCUACAGACGAAACUCAUUUAUGGAUAGCGCUGUCCAGUUUUUGCAAGAUCACGACUUCGAUGGGCUCGACCUUCACUGGGUUUACGCUGGUGACAAAGACGAACGGGAAAAGGAACUUUUAACUACCCUACUUUACGAGCUUCGUGAAAAAUUUUCAUCCUACGGCUUUCUCCUAUCUACCGUUUUACCACCCUUUAGAUACCAAAUAGAAGAUGGUUAUGAUCUGAGUGCAGUUAGUGGUGCUACAGACUACACGAUCCUUCAGGCUUGGGACAUGAGUCAUGUAAAACGCGACGAUCCUCCUUCCAAAGCCCUACAACACUCUGCCUUGCAUCGGGACCCAGGGGCGUCUGCGCGCGACCAACGAUUUGAUAACAUUGAAUUCAUGGUGAAGUAUGUUCUCCGCCACGGGAUGGCUGCUGAUAAGUUGGUUUUGGGCAUUCCUUUAUUCGGACGAAGUUACAAGUUAUCCGCUUCAACUUUACCCUCACCUGGCGCUUCAGUCGAGGGCUGGGGUGAUGAAGGGCAAUAUACGCAAACUAAAGGAUCGUUAGCUUACUUUGAGAUAUGCAUGUUGAAUCGUGAAGGAAAAGGAGCCAGUGCUGUUGACGCGCAAGGAAAUGCUUAUGCUGUCUUCGACAACCAAUGGAUAAGUUACGAUACCCCGAGCACGGUAUUAGAAAAGAUGAAGUUCAUUAAAAGCAACGGUUUAGCGGGUGCAGCAGCAUGGGCUAUAGAUAUGGAUGACUUCCGCGGUUUGUGUGGAUCACCUUUCCCAAUUUUAAGCGCAAUAUCCACUAGUCUUAAUGGUGAAGCAACUCUCACCGACCAGUCAUCACUUAAGAUUGGAUCUUGUGAGAAUAACACACCAUACUUAGCGUCUGAUCAGGAAUCGUGCGCUCAUUUCCACUUCUGCACCGGAGGCAUUAGUUUUAGAAUGGUUUGUGAAGAUGAAAGACUCUAUGACCCUUCAACAGGAUUUUGUGGGCACCAAGAUGUUGGAAAAUGUAUUCCGGGCCAAAGUCUUAGAAUAAGUGUCGAAGAGGCUGCUCGUUUCUUAUCUCAAGCUUACGAAUCUGAUUUUGAAUGGAGCAGUGUUGUACACAAAGAUACUGAAUACAAGGAGACUGAUAGAUUAAUUACGUCCUAUCAAGCUGACAAUAGAGGAGGUAUGCUAAAAAAGUUUAACAUUUUUGAAAAGCUACUCUUGAAUCUUUUCCUUACGAGAAAUUUAAACAGGACAUUUUACUACGUUUCAGAUAAAAGUAAUGAUAAACGAGUGGUGUGCUAUAUGACCAGUUGGGCAUUUUAUAGACGAAGUCUUGGUAAAUUUGUUCCUGAACACAUCGAUACCAGGCUUUGCACUCACGUUGUAUACGCAUAUGCGUCUUUAUCUCAUGACGAUCUAAUUGCCAAGGAAUUUGAUCCUUGGGCUGACAUUACAAAUAAUCUUUAUGAACGUGUAACAUCCCUGAAAGAUGUUAAAGUACUACUUGGUCUUGGAGGAUGGACCGAUUCCGCAGGCGAUAAAUACUCACGUUUAGUUUCAUCUCCCACCGCACGUGCAAAAUUUGCAGACAAAAUUAUUUCUUUCCUGAGUCUACACAAUUUCAAAGGUCUCCAUUUAGAUUGGAACUAUCCUGUUUGUUGGCAAAGUAACUGUAAAAAGGGUGCAAAAUCAGAUAAAGCAAACUUUGCCAAAUUCGUACAAGAAUUGUCUAAGAAACUACAUUCGGUAAAUAUGGAAUUAGGAAUUGCACUCUCGGGGUAUAAGGAAGUUAUCGAAUCGGCCUAUGAUUUACCAGCCAUAUCCGACGCAGCAGAUUUCAUAAGUGCAAUGACAUACGACUACCAUGGCGGAUGGGAACGGACUACUGCUCAUCAUACACCAAUUACAUCUCUAAAAAAGGAUGCCCUGGCUUAUUAUUCUAUUGAAUAUGCGAUCAAAUCUUUUAUAUCGGGAGGUGUGGACCCUAAGAAGCUGCAGCUUGGAUUAGCGUUCUAUGGUCAGUCGUAUAGAUUAGCGGACACAGAAGGGUCGAGUGGCCCAGGAUCACCCGCCGCAGGUCCUGGUGAAGCUGGCGAGUUCACGAAACAACCAGGAAUGUUAGCAUAUUACGAAAUUUGCUACAGAGUUAAAAACCUCAGAUGGAAGACAGGCCGACAGGAGCAAGCGGGACCGUACGCAUAUUCAGAUAAUCAAUGGGUUGGAUAUGAUGAUCCUAAAUCAAUAACAGAAAAAGUUGAAUGGGCACUGCGACAAGGGUUAGGAGGCGUGACUGCGUGGGCGAUAGAUUUGGACGACUUUAACAACCAAUGCUGCAAUGAGCCCUCGCCUCUUCUGCGAGCAGCAGGACGUGCUCUUGGUCGGUCCGUGCCCCCUCCACCUACCUCCGCGUGUGAACGACCACCAGAACCUAUUACACCCGCUCCUCCUACAACUACUCCCGCUGAGUCUGAUGGAUCAGUGGUAGGCGCUGCCGAUCACGUCAACCAUGAACACCACACAUCAACUACUUGGCCGGGCUGGAAACCUGAUGCUACCACACAAAGCACUUCUCAAACUUGGUGGUCACAAGCCACCACUACUCCGAUGACCACAACUACGUCCAAACGACCAACGACUACAACUCGACGAACUACUACAAGCACAACCACCACAGAGCUACCACAAAUGGAUACUGGUAAGAACGUAGAGGGCGCAGCUUGCGAUGCCGGAGAAUAUGGAUCAGCACCAGGCGAAUGUGAGAGCUACCUACAGUGCGAGGCUGGUCGUUGGCGGAAGCAUCGCUGUGCUCCCGGUUUGCACUGGUCAUCUAAAUCCAACCGUUGCGACUGGCCCAGCUUUGCUAAAUGCACUGUAUCCUCGACUAGUGGUUCAAGUACAACGACCACUACUCUGGCACCUAUGACAUCACGGCCACCUCCUAGACCCACUACGACUAAAAGAACUACGACUACAUCUAGAACUACUACUACAACUAGUACUACUACUUCCACAACAGCCAGACCCACUACCGCGGCUCCUAUUCAAGAUGAAAUUUCUGAGGGUAUAUCUUGCAAUGGCCAAGAUUAUCGCGAAGUGCCGGGCGAUUGCAACUCAUAUCUUCACUGUGACGGAUCUGUAUGGCGUCUACAACGUUGCGCUCCUGGUUUACACUGGAGUACUGCGCAGAAGCAUUGCGAUUGGCCACGAUAUGCGAAAUGUGGAAGUACAACGGCUAAGCCUACUACUGCUGCUACCAAGCCAUCUCGACCACCACCAAGACCUACGAAACCACCAACAACAACAACAACAACAACAACAACAACAACAGUGCCAAGCAAUCGGCCAAUGGAAGGUGGCGUUUGCGGAGGUAGCGACGUUCAUGCCCCGGCGUCCUCUUGCGACUCGUACUUGCUUUGCGUCAGUGGACAUUGGAGCAAGCAGUUGUGCCCACCUGGACUACACUGGGACAAACGUACCGAUCGCUGUGACUGGGUCGAAUUCGCAAAGUGUGAAGUGAGACUUCCAGAAAAAACUACGAAGAGACCAUUGCAAAAUCCGUUUACGACAAGUAAAACAACGAAGAGGCCCACAACAGCUCGGACGACAACAAGAAGACCCACCACACAAUCUGGGCAAUAUCAAGUUCCAACGCGCUGUGCUACCGGCACGUACCAUGGACAUCCGCGCUGUGAAAAAUUCUACGUUUGCGUGAACGGCGCGCUCAUCGCUCAAAGCUGUGCACCAGGUCUCGUGUGGAACCAACAGCAUUCUCAGUGUGACUUCCCAAGGGCCAAUUCUUGUACCGAUAGGAGACAAGUCACUUCUACAACUUCAGAAUUAAAACCAAGCCAGUUGAUCGAUGAGAAACCAAUGUUCUGUGAGAGCGGACAGUAUGCCAAUGAUCCAAAUGAUUGUACCCGAUAUUUGCAUUGUCUAUUCGGCAAAUUUGAAGAGUUUGCAUGCAGCGCUGGCUUACAUUGGAACCAGGAAAAACAAAUUUGCGACUGGCCCAGCAGCGCUGAAUGCAAGGUCCAAAAAGUUACAACAACUACUACCACCAUUCAACCAAUACAAAUGGAUCCCGAAGACACUGAAAGUCUUCCCGCGCCAUCUAAGCCAAUCGUAGAUUUAGUGGACGCGAGUACUAAACCAGAACUUCUGAACACACGAUACAAGCUUGUGUGUUACUACACUAAUUGGUCCUGGUACCGACCUGGUCUAGGUAAAUUCACACCAGAAGAUAUGGACCCCUCAAUCUGUACGCACAUUGUUUAUGGAUUUGCUGUCUUAGGUGAUGAUGGCCUUAUCAAGGCACACGAUCCCUGGGCAGAUACUGAAAACCGUUUCUACGAGAGGGUUGUAGAAUUUAAAAAAUACGGUGCCAAAGUUACUCUUGCAAUAGGUGGAUGGAAAGACUCAGUUGGAGACAAAUAUUCUAAAUUAGUGAAUAAUCCACAAGCUCGUGCCAAAUUUAUCACGCAUACUCUUCAGUUCAUAGAGAAUUAUAAUUUCGAUGGACUUGAUUUGGAUUGGGAAUAUCCUAAAUGUUGGCAGGUGGAUUGCUCGAAGGGUCCCGACUCAGACAAAGAAGGCUUCGCAAACUUAGUUAGAGAGCUUUCAGCUGUAUUCAAACCUAAAGGGUUAUUGUUGUCUUCUGCUGUGUCUCCGAGUAAAAUGGUCAUAGAUGCUGGAUAUGAUGUACCAGUGUUAGCGAAAUAUUUGGACUGGAUCGCUGUCAUGACAUAUGAUUAUCAUGGCCAAUGGGAUAUGAAGACUGGACACGUUGCUCCACUUUACUAUCACCCUGACGAUGAUUAUACCUACUUUAAUGCUAAUUAUACUAUACACUACUGGAUGGAGAAGGGUGCCCCUGCUUCGAAAUUGGUUAUGGGCAUACCACUUUAUGGGCAAUCUUUCACUACUCGCUCUCAAUCGGAUAAUCGCAUUUCGAAUGGCCUGAACGUGCCUGCUAUAGCAGGAGGAGAUGCUGGUGAAUACACGCGGGCUAAUGGCUUCUUAGCCUAUUACGAGAUUUGUGAACGCAUUAAAGAUCGCAGAUGGACAGUAAUUAAAGACCCUAAUCAACGUAUGGGUCCUUUUGCUCACAAAGGCAAUCAAUGGGUCUCAUUUGAUGACAUUGAUAUAAUUAAAAAGAAAGCCAACUUCAUUAAAUCCUUAGGUCUUGCUGGGGGAAUGGUUUGGGCUAUAGAUCUAGAUGAUUUUAAGAACAGGUGUAAUCAAGGAAAAUAUCCGCUCCUAAACACUAUUAAAAACUCCCUAUUAGACACAAAAGUAGAUUUAGAACUGGAAUCUUCUGAACCUUUGCCUGAACCACAAAACGCAAUAGAUGAUUAUGAAGACAUUGAAGUGAAGCCUGCAUAUAACAAACCCAGUACAACUGCACGUCCCACGGUAACUACGCGUCCUGUUAUAACUGCACGUCCCACGGUAACUACGCGUCCUGUUUUAACUGCACGUCCCACUACAACUAAGAAACCAACAACAACUGCUAUCGUUAAUGAUGAGAAGGAAGAAGAAAAAUAUAAAGUGGUCUGUUACUAUACGAACUGGGCCUGGUACAGACCAAGCGCUGGAAAAUACACGCCGAGUGACAUUGAUCCCUCCCUUUGUACCCAUAUUGUAUACGCAUUUGCAGUAUUGGAUAGCGCUAAGUUGGUUAUCAAACCACAUGAUAACUGGCUGGAUGUUGAAAACAAAUUUUAUGAAAAAGUAGUAGCUCUUAAAAGCCGUGGGGUAAAAGUAGUCCUUGGCUUGGGAGGUUGGAACGAUUCCGCAGGCGACAAAUAUUCCCGACUCGUCAACAACCCCUCUGCGAGGAGGAAGUUCAUUGUGCAUGUAGUCGACUUCUUACAGCAAUAUGAAUUCGAUGGAUUGGACCUCGACUGGGAAUAUCCGAAAUGCUGGCAAGUUGAAUGUGAAAAGGGACCAAAUUCGGACAAGCAAGGUUUUGCUGCACUGGUCAAAGAAUUGCGCAGUGCCUUUGUUCCUCGCGGCCUUCUACUCUCUGCUGCAGUGUCGGCAAGCAAACGCGUGAUAGAAUUAGCAUAUGAUAUCCCUGUCCUCUCAAGGAAUUUGGAUUGGAUAUCUUUAAUGACCUAUGAUUACCAUGGACAGUGGGAAAAGAAGACUGGCCACUUAGCACCCAUGUAUUCCUAUAAUUCAGAUGACGACAACACACUAAACGCGAACUUCACCGUUAAUUACUGGUUAAGUAAAGGCACCCCACGUCAUAAAUUAAUACUGGGUGUGCCAUUCUAUGGACAGUCGUUCUCUCUGAUGGAGAAUUCCGGUAACAACUUGGGAGCGCCAAGUUACGCCGGCGGAGAAGCUGGAGAUGAGACGAGAGCUCGUGGUUUCUUGUCAUUCUAUGAGAUAUGCGAUCGUAUAAAAGUUCAAGGGUGGCGGGUAGUUCGUGAUCCAGGCGGCCGAAUGGGACCAUAUGCAACCUUAAACGAUCAGUGGGUGUCAUUUGACGACGACUUCAUGGUACGCCAUAAGGCUGAAUACGUUCGGGCAAUGGAACUUGGUGGUGCCAUGGCGUGGACGCUGGACCUGGAUGAUUUCAAUGGCCGAAACUGUGGCUGUGGAAAAUAUCCGUUACUAGCCACAAUAAACCAUGUGUUACGAGAGAAAGAGCAACCUCCGUCAUGUUCUUUGGAAGAAAUACAAACCCCGCCAAACGCAGUUGCGACAACAACUAUUGAGCCUGGUGAGCAAGAGCAACUACCACCUUUAUCUGACACCGAAAGUAAUAAUGAUGAUUCUCCGCUUGAUGGAUCUUCAUUAGAAGGUAAAUCUUGCUCUGGGAUUACUUUCAAGGAGGAUGAAUUGGAUUGUUCUAAAUAUUAUUUGUGUCUUAAUGGAGAGUACAUUCAACUAAUAUGUCCGUCCCCGCUUGUUUGGAGUCAGAAUCACUGCGAUUUCCCGCAAAAAUCUAGAUGCAAGGGCAAGACAAGUCUAAGAAUCACGGACGGGAACAAUGAAAUUGAAUCUGAACACAAGCCCAUAAUUGCGUGUUACUUUACUAAUUGGGCAUAUUAUAGGAAAGACAAUGGCAGUUUUGGACCAGAACAAAUAGAAUCUUCUCUUUGCACACAUAUAAUUUACGCCUGGGCACAUCUCGAUAGCGCUAGUAAUACAAUAGUUCCUGGUAAUCCAGAAUUGGACAUUAGCAAUGAUUUCUACGGAAAGAUAACAGACUUCAAAUUGAAAGGUCUGAAAGUAAUUAUAGGUAUCGGUGGAAUAGAAAACUCAAUAGAUUAUAAAUGGAGUCAAGUUACAGCUGAUCCUGUUAAACGAAAAAUAUUUGUACAAUCUGUUAUAAAAUUCCUACAAAAGUGGAAAUUCGACGGAGUUCAAAUAGCUUGGCAAUAUCCUGUAUGCAAGGAGGCACCUUGCACGGAACAGGAUUCAUCCGACAAAGAUAAUUUCAGCGUAUUGUUAACUGAAUUAGCUAAAGUAUUGCGUCGUCAUAACUACGAGUUAUCAGCUAUGGUCUCUCCAAAUCCAGAAAUUGCAGCACUGGCUUAUGACCCUUCAAUUCUGACUGCAACACUCGACUGGAUGGUCAUUGCAGCAAACGACUACUAUGAGUCUGAUUCAAGAAGAACUGCUUAUCUUUUGCCGUUGACAAGCAAUGAAUCAUAUAAAAUGGAUAAUUUGCACGCAAUCAUAGGUUUUUGGUCGAGCAUAGUGCCAGUUAGUCAACUCGUAAUGGGUCUGCCUGCAUACGGUCGUUCUUACACUCUCAGAAGUGAGCUAAGUAAUGGUAUUGGUGCAUCUAUAGCUGGCCCGGGCAAACCAGGCUCAUUUACACGUAUCCCCGGAUUUUUGGCUUAUUAUGAGAUUUGCAAGGAAACGAAAUCGGAAGACUGGAAAGUGGUGUCAAAUAAGGAGGGUACUUAUGCAGUACAAGGAUCUCAAUGGGUGUCAUAUUUGCGACCUUAUGACAUCUACAGUAUCUCAGCGGUAAUGUCUCGUUCAGGUAUGCGAGGAGCAGCCUUGUGGGCCCUCGACUUAGAUGACUGGCGAGGAAGAUGCUCCUGCCGCCAGUGGCCUAUGCUAGAUGCCCUCAGAAAAGGAUCAUCUGUAAAGGAAAUAAGGAUACCUGUGAAAUGGGGGCAUAUGGCGGCAAAGCUAUGGGGCAACGAGCACGAACGACCGAUACUGGCUCUGCACGGCUGGCAGGACAACGCGGGUACCUGGGACCCCUAUGCGCCGAUGCUAUGCGAUAAACGCCCAAUAUUAGCCCUCGACUUUCCUGGCCAUGGCUUUUCUUCUUGGAUACCAGAUGGGAUGCAGUAUUACCCGUGGGAUCUACCACGAUUAAUCCUUUAUUUGAAAGAUUACUUCAAAUGGGAUAAGGUGUCACUGUUAUGUCACUCGAUGGGGUCAAUUGCUGGUAUGCGCUUUGCAAGUGUGUUUCCAGAUGAUAUCGACUUUUACAUCGCAGUCGACAGCCUAAUUUACGACGAUUACGAUUUAAAUCAAGUUGUUGCGCAUUAUUCAAAGAUUUUAAGGAAACUACAAGCCUUACAGGAUCUUAAAGGUGAACCACCAUCUUACACAACCGAAGAGAUCAUUAAGAUAUGGCAUUUGGGUACAACAAAAUCUGUAGCUAUGAAAAGCGUACCAUAUUUACUGAAACGUGGCGCUAAAGAAUCUACAAAGGAACCAAACAAAUACUAUUUCUCGAGAGAUCCGCGACUAAAGCACAUACUGUUCAGUGCAGAGGACAAGAAGCUUGUUGAAACGAUGGUAAAACGUAUAAAAUGCCCAACGCUUUAUUUCAAAGGAAUAGAUUCUCCUUACGCGUCUGAUGAACAUUCUGUCGAGAUGCGCGAAAUAAUUGCACAGAAUAAUAGCAAUUUCGAGUGUCAUUUUGUACCCUCCACUCAUCAUUUGCAUUUAAAUAAUCCCGAAUUAAUAGAACCUAUAAUAUUAAAUUUUUUACAGAAACAUAAUUUUUUAAAGUAAUGUAAAUUUGAGACAUAUAGGUGUAUAAAUUUUUUAAUAAUCAUGCCUUAUUAAAUACCAUGUGUGUAGCGCAAAUAUGAAUAAUUGGCAUACGAUGUUGUAAAUUUUACGAUUGCUUCCAUUUUCAGUAUUAAACUUAUUUAUUACACAUUUACGAUAACGUAGGUACGGGUAUAAUUUGACGUUACAAAUGUUUUUAUAGUGUAAGAGUAUUAGAUAACAUGGGUAUAACUACGGGAUAAACGAUCCCUACAUAUACGAAGUUGUACCUUUUAAAUGUCAGAAAGUGACAAAACACUGAACUAUUUACAUUUAUUUACACACACACUAAAACUAUUACUCAAAUUCAAAACGCAGAAGCUUACAGUAACAAGAGCUCAUAGCAAAUGUUGAGAUCCAACCAAAGUCACACAGAGUCAAAACGACCAACGCUUUUCACUUCUGACAACUUUAAUAGGUAUGUCUGCCCUAAAAUACUUUCUCAGAACUCGUUAUGCUUGUGUGUAUCAUUUAUUGCUGUAAGCAUUUCUAAAAGAAUGUAUAGCAAAAUCAAUGUAAAUUAAUUAUUUGUAUUUACAUUGAUUUUGCAAUAUUCUUGUGCCAGACAUAUAAGUAAUUAUUUGGCAAGUAUAACCUUAAUCACAAUACUACUACUUGUAGGUACUUUACUUUCAAUUUAUUUACUGCAGUGAAAAUAAAAUUCAA